UCAAAAAACGUCAGUUUGGUGACCCUGAAUAACCCCAUCGACGACAAGAGAGUGGGAGUUAUUUAUUUUAUUGUAAUUAUAUUCGUGGGGAGUCACCAAAGCCAUUAAGACCAUACAUAACCUGGGGAAUGGAAGACAAUCAGAUGCAUGAGGGAAUCAAAAGACUGAUACACAUCUUAUUCAAUGACCUUGGGCAUGAAGUUAUCCAAGACACUUCACGUAUGUCUGGAAAAUAUUGACCUACAAGAAGGAAAAGGAGUACCAAAGAAAUCGUCUAGAUUACGGGAGAAAUGGAGAUCAAAGAAGAAGAAUUAAGCGAAGAUUACCAAAGUCAUCCUAUAAAGACUCUUAGCUCUCUUUCAUUGUCUCAGAAUAACAGUGAAUAUAAUGUUAAUUCCAAGAACUUAAAUAGCAAGAGAAUAUCAUCGUCCUCUAGUGGUAAAACGCAUUUUGUUUUGAAGAGUCAAGGAUCAGACAAGGACAUAAUAGAAUAUGGAGAUGACUAUGGGAUCUCCCAUGCUACUAUCAAAUCUAGCAGCAAAAGAUCAAACACCGGAAGUGAACAUUCUAAACUUUGGAAUUGCAAAAUACGUAAAAAUAAAAUAAACCAGAGUCCAAAAGCAGAAUGUAGUAAUGAGGAUCAGGAUGUUCACAGAAGUCAAGAAAAAUCAGAAACCGAUGAAACCAGUGAAGAAGAUAGGGAAGAAACUGUAAUUGAAACAAGCUUUGAUGAAACUAGUUUCAAUACCUCUAUGUACUCUGAUAGAGGAAAUGACAGUUCAUCUGAGAUUUCUGUUGAUCCUGUAAUAUGGAAAAAAUUCAAGUUCCUCUCUUCUAUAUUAAAGGAAACUCAGCACAAUCUGAGAGCCAUGGACAAUCUUAUCCUAGAACAUCGUCGACUACAGGACCUGGUUAAUAUUAAAGCAGAUGAAAGCAGAGAGCACACUAUUGUUAGCCAUAUAACUAUCCCAGUUCAGCAGGGGCUUGGUGAUGGAGAGCCUAAAACUGAUGAGGCAAAAUUGGAAGAAAUUCUCAGUCUACUGCACAACCUAACUCACACACUGUCCUCAUAUGAGCAACAUCCUCUUUUGGCUUCCACACACCAGUCUCCAGGAGCAGUUUCAACACAUCAUAGUUUGGGCUCUACGUACCACGGGCAUUUACAACAAACCUCAAACUUCCCAGAAAUAAAGAUCAUGGAUAAUGAUGCUAGUCAGUCCUACUCACACAUUCAUAAUAUGAUGAAGACUGAACAAGAAAAACAUGCCUAUGAUAGCCAUCUACCAUUACAUUCGCAAAGUGUGCCUCCAUCCCUUUGGCAAGGAAGCAGCAAUAAUAAUGAAGGACUGGUAAACAAAUCCAAUAAUAGGCAUGAUUCAGCAGAAAAAGAGUGUAAUAUUGUUGAGGUAUCAACAUCCCAUUCAGAUACAGUUAGUAGAAGCUCUGCUUCAUAUAUAAAUGGUGUCUUGCACCAUGAUCCUACUUACACAAAUGUUGAGCUACUAGGGGUUCAAUAUGAGCCUACAACAAGUACUUACCCUGAUUAUAUAGCACAUUGUUCUACUAGUGAAGUAAAUACUGAAAAAAGUCCGUAUGAUAGCGACAUUCAUUUAAUUUUGAGUGAUACUUCUGAGUGUUACAAACCCUUUGUAAAAGAAACCACUAAUACAGACUCAUUUUAUUGCUAUACUGGACAUCACAGUGAGAAACUGGAUAGCCUUCAGAGUCAAGACAUUACUCAUCCUUGGACAAAAGAAACCAGAUCACUAAGGAAAGAUAUAGAUAAUAUAGUGAUUAGAAAACAAGCUUUGGAUUCGAGACUACAGUCACUUAUUGCACACCGUGCAGCACAGAGGGAACUAGAAUUGCAGAAGCUGGAAAGUUCUAAGGAAAAGCAUCUCCGACUAAUUAGAAGUCAUAGCCUGGAAGAAGUUGACAACAGAAAACUAAAAGGAAAAAUUAAGAAAUAUAAAACCAGAAGUAAAAGUUAUGAAGAGAAGCCACAUUUUCAGAGAAAGUCAGGAACAUCUGUGUGUGAUACGUAUCUCAGUAUGAUUAAUGAGGAUCAAGAUGAGUUUCCCAGUCUCACUAUGGACAGUACUGAAAAUGAGGAGAAAAUAACAGAGCUUAAAAAUGAUGAGGCUGACUUACCUGGUUUGGGAGACAGUGGUCUAAGUAGUGAAAUUAAUUCCAUUAAUGCAACAAUUCAGGAAUUGGUAAGGGAGAAUCAUCAGUUGCAUAAAUUUCUUCAAGGGAUGACAUGUGAAUCAAUUUUGAAAGUAGACCAAGAAAAAUUAGCCCUUGAAUCAAAAAUUCGAUUGUUGAGCGAAGAAAAUCAAGCACUGAAAGUAUCUUUAAAUGAAGAUGAAAAUGCAGAUACUGGAGGUGAGACCAAAGAAAUAAAUAAAAGUGUAUCAUUUUUGAUUGCUGAAAAUAUUGAUGAACCAGAGGAAAAUGCAUUAAAUAUUAAAACAGUGAAAUCCAAUCAAGUAAAUACUGCAGAUAGUAUUAAUAACCUUACUCAGAUUAGUGUUUCCCAUUCAUCUAGUAAUUCAGCAAACCAAAUCCCUACUAUAACAGUAGCUGAAUCACAGAAAACCCAUAAACAAGAGAAAGCAUUUAGUCAUGCCACAGAUCAGUCUCUGGUAGAGGUUGAAGAAGUAUUGAGUGAUACUGGGACUCAGUACCAGUUUGAAGUUGGUUUGACUAGUAGCCUGAAAGAUGAAGUUGAACAGUUAGCUCAGGAAAAUUUGAAACUCCAAAAGUUAAUAGAAGAAGAAAAAAAAAUAAAUGAACAGCGGCAAAAACAACUUGAGGUAAAUCUGACACGAGAAGAAACUAAGAGAGAGGCUAAGGAGACACAAACUGACUUAAAGGAUGAUGAUUGCAAUGAUGAAAUGGACAGCUCCAAGGAAAUGGAAAAACUUCAGAUGAAAAUUAAAAAGCUUAUGGAGGACAAAGAAAAGUUGAACUACAAACUUAGUGAGGAAGUUUCUGAGAGAGAUUUGGAAAGUGCAAGACUGGAAGCAAGAAUUCGACUUCUUUCUGAACAAAACCAAACUUUGACUGAGAAACUAAAUGAAGUGACAGUUCAAUCAAAAAUAGAGACAGAGGAUAAAAGCUGCCAGUCAAAGCUAGGUUGCCACCAUGCUGACCUUAUAAUUAAUGACAAUGAUAGUGAGAGUAUAUUAGCUGUUACUGUCAGAAGUAUAUGCAAUGAUGAUACUCAGGCUGAGGCAGCUACAGGUGUCAUUGAUAGUGUAACUUCAAGGAAAUAUGACGGCAUUGCAAAUUCAAUUGGUGUAUCUGAUACUGCAAGCAGUGAAUUGAUGGAUGCAUGUGCAAGAGGGAGUACAACUAUGAAAAUUACAGAUAUGACUCCUUUUAUUACUGACACUGUUAAAACUGACUCAGACAGGAUCACAGCUGAAACAGACCAAAAAUUGUGUACUCAUUCUGAAAGCUCUCUGGAUGUGAAUGAAGCUGGCAGUGCUACAAACUAUAGCAAUAGUCCAAGAAUGUCUAUAGCAAACAAAAUGUUUGAUGAGACUGUGUCAGCUAGUAAAGCUGAUCACCAUCUGGCUAUGUUUACAGAUUAUCCUUUUGUUAAUCCUGAUAAUAUAUCUCCAAAUGCUAAAAACCAUUGUACUGUAUUGCUCGAUAAAAAUACAGCGUGUGUCCAAAUUGACAGUGCUGAUCUAACUUAUAAUCAGGACACAAGAGUUGAUACAAAGUUAAUUCUACAAAUCAGUGAGUUGCUGAAACAAAAUGAAGCCAUAGUUCAUGGUCUUAAUGAUUUAAAAUCCUCAGCACUGUCAUCCGAAACUAACCUGGAGUCUAGCUUAAUGAAAGCGAUUGACAAAUAUGGUAAAAUUAUACAAAAUAUUGAUGAGAAAUUGACCUCAGCUAAGUCAUCUGACAAAUAUGAAUGCGAGUCUAGUUUGAAAAAGUUAACAAGAGAGAACCAAGAAUUAACCAAUAUCCUUGAGCAGCAUGAAGAAAAGAUUCAGUUAAUAAUUGACCAGAAUAGUUCUUUGGAGAGGAAAUUGCAGUUUGCACAAGCAGAGAGUAGAGAGAUGUAUAGAGUGGGUGAAGAGAAGGAAGGAUCUUGCAGUACUUCACCUCUUCAAAUGUUCAUUGACAGCCAGAGUACUUGCCAGAAUGUACAAAUUAAUAAAAAGAAUGACUUAUUGCCAAGUGAACCAAAUCAGGAUUCUGUAUCUUCAAUAGAGAGCUGUAAAAAUGUAACAGUUGUUAGGAAAGAAAUUACAGAUUCAUCUGUUAAAAGUGAAAUUUCUUUAGUUUUGGAAAUCCAAGACCAAUUCAGUACCCAGUCCCAGUCAUUUGACCCACUGGACAACAGCCAUUGUCAAGAAAACAAGAUCUGUAAUAGUAGUGCUAUGCCAGUGAGUAAUCAAGAAAAGCCACAGAGUUCCACAUGGGGAUCUGCUAUGGAAGGUGGAAUUUCAAAGAUAAAGAAUAGGGAAAAUGGCCAGGUCUCAGGACACUUCACUUUAGCUUUGCAACAAGAAAAAGAAAACUGGACUCAACUCCUAGAGCAAGCAGAGAAUGAGAAACAAAUUCUUCAGGAACGCAUUAUCACCUUAGUGAGUGAGAAUGAUUGCUUGGCAGCGAGACUGGAAGAAGUAGUUGGAAUGUCACGCAGCUUGAGUGAACAGAUGCACUCGGCAAAGAAGCAGCUUGUAAAUUUAACAACAGAAAAGGAAAGUUUACAAAAGAGAGUCAGGUCUUUGGAAGAUGGAAAAGAAGAUAGCUCUUUGAGUUUAACCGAUUCAGUUGGCAGUACCCGAGUCACCCAGCGACUAAGGGAACGAACACGCAGCUUGCAGAGUGAAGUAGAGCAGGCAUGGCAGGAAGUUCACCAGCGUACCAUGGAAAGGGACAAGGCCUCUGCUGAAAAAGUCUCUCUGGAGUGUACUUACAGCAUCAACCUUAAUACAGCAAGAAGAGAGAUUGACGCAUUGAAAAGUCAGGUAACUGCCCUUGAAAAUGAGAAUGACAAGAAGUCAGUUGAAUUAAAAAAUACUCAAAAUGAACUUGAAAAAAAGUCUACCGAUUUCAGGGCCAUUCAAGACGGUAAUGUCAGUCAGUGGGAGAGGCUGAUGGAAGCUGAUAGAAAACUAGAAAUUCUGCAGAAUGAACUCAGGAAAGGACAGGAACAACUUCAGAAUGAAAAAGAUGAAAGAAAGAGAGCAGAAACCCAGUUGGAAAAGAUGAGGGAACAGAUUUGCUCAGCGCCUGUUUCUGGUGUGGCUGCUAAGAGUGAACCGGUCCAUGUGAGAGGAGAACGAUACUGGCUGGAAACAGUUACUCGUCUCAAGGGCCAGCUGCAGCAGGAGCAACUGCGGUCACGCUUACUGGAAGCUGCUGAUCAUGAGAGCUCUGCACGUAUUUUGAUUCUCCAGCGCAGUAUUCGGGAAACAAUCGAAGCACAUGAAGCUCUGCAGGCAAAAUACAACCAGCUUCGCACUGCCUAUCGUACUAAGAAGGUUGAGAAGAUACGACACAGAGAGCUUUCACAGCAGUACACUGCACAGGUUAAAGAGCUUGGUAAAACUUCUGCUGCACUGGAAGAAAAUUUCAAGGUCAUGCUAUCUACUCUUGGUGAAAAUAUUGAUGUGGUAGUGGGAAUCUUGACAUCACAUGUGUUUCUGUCACCCUGUGUUGUUCAUCCAGGUCCUGACUUGCGCCUUGAUCCAGAGGCUUGGUUUGUAGCUCAGCAAGCAAGACUCAGGUGGCUGCAGACCCAACUCAGAAAACUUUGUCUACAUAGCUGGAAAACGGCAGAUCUUCCAAAAACUUCAAAUUUUGGUACAACCACCUCUGAAUCACCCAUUAAAGAGACGUAUUUCUCCACUUUCACUGAUGUAACAAAAUCACCGUGUUCCAAAGAUGCUGGGGAUAAGGAAAGUUCAUGUACGACACAAGCAUCAGAAAUAUGUAAAACAGUAAAAAAUCUCUCAGAACUGUCCAUCCUAGAUGAGAGCAGAUCAUACGCCAUUACUCCCCCUAAGAAAGCAAACAUGCCAAGUGUUUCAUUCAAUGCUUCUUUGUCGUAUUCUGAAUCCCCCUGUACAGAAAAAAGGCCAACAUCAGAGCCUCUACAUACACUUAAGAAAUCCCAGGUUAUGGUAAACCCUUCCCCAGAUAUUAGCCACUUUAGCAGAAGUUCGAGAAGUCUGAAUGAUGCAGAACGAAUUUUGACCAGCCAGCAAAGGGAACUCUCAGAAGCAAAGUACAGGCAGUACAAAGCACUCAUUAACACUCUCCAACGAGAUUUAGAAUACCCAUUGGUUAUUUCACCAAGCAUUCCAUCAUCCAUGAUCACGACACCAGAGAUGAUGUCAGCCCAUUAUCAUGACUCUGCAGAUGAAAGCGAACAAAAUUCUGAAGUGUCAACUUCAGAGAUGCAGGUUUCUCAAGCUUCAUUAUCUAGAACACUAGUUUCACCAUUGGAAGCCGAGGAUUCAUCACACUCACAAAGUUUAUCACUGAAAGUAAAGGAUUUGUCUAUAACAAUAAAGCAUGCAUCAGAGAGCCCAUCCUUGGGUAAUAAUACUGUGUCAUCAGAAUCAAAAGCUUCCUCAGAAGGUAAGAAUUCAUCAUUGAAAGUGGAAUUGCCAUUACAAGAAAACCAAAAUAAUUCAUUAGAUCCUAUGAUGUCUUCAUCACAUACAGAAUGUGAGAAGGGAAAUAGUAAUCUGCAGGUAAACAAGCUUGGUGGAUUUGAAAAUGCAGGUAAGUUGAAGGAUUGUCUUAAAGAAGAAAGAGCAAGCCAUGGAUUGGACAGUGAUAAAGAUAAGGACAGUUGGGAUGAAAAGGAUGAGGACAUUUUCUUAGCAUUGAUAAAGAGUGAAGUAGAUGACCAUGACUUGUUCUGAUUUUAUUUCAGAAGAUUAAAUUGGCAGUUAAAUAAUUUAGGGCAAUAAUAUCAGCUCAGAUCCUACCUCGGUGGGAAACGGCCGACGUUUAAAAAAAAAAAUAGCAGCUCCAGAUAUUUUAAACAUAUCUCCUUAGUACAAAUUUGUUAUAUAAUAAUUAUUGUAUUAGACAUUACCAUAAUUAUCUUGACUCCAACAGCGCUGUGCCUGAAACAAGAAAUCAUUGUUCAAAGCUUUUAAGACAUUGAUAAUCUGGUAAAAGGAUGGAACAAGUGGGUAUAUUACACUUAUCUCUCCAAUUUAGGAUAGAUUGGAAUUUCAGUUUAUCACUAAUCAGUCUUAUCAGUAACACCAGCUAACACCAAAACCAUUAAUAUCAGCCUGUUUUUUAAAUGUUUCUAUAACAUUUAAUACUUUUAAGGAGGAUGAGAGUUUCUUGAGGAGGUAACUGAUAAGCUUAUUUAUGAAGAUCAUGAACUAACCAGCAGUCAACAGCUUGGUUAAGGUAAGAUAAUUGCCUGGGAUUCUGACUUUAGCUGAAGCUAGGAGAGUACAAAGGCUCUGAGGAUCCUCUAAAGUAUAGAUACAUUUUUGACCUUUGUAAAUUAAAUGGUAAUUUUAAAAAACACUAUGUUCAGAUAUUUAUUAUAGUGCUUACCGAUGAUAUAUUCUGAGUAGUGAAUUUUUUAAGCUCACUUACGUUGAAUCCUUCAGUUACCUAAUUUUUUUAUAGCACAAGUUUUGUGGUUAUGCCAAAUGUCAGGUUUUGUUUUAUACAUUUAAUAAUUGUAAUAUUUGUUGUUUAGAGUGACAUUCAAAUUGUCAUAUCUGCAUGCCUUUGGCAAGACAGUGAUAGUGUGAAUGGUGGUGAAAAUGUUUCUUUUUCGGGCCACCCUGCCUUGGUGGGAGACGGCCAGUGUGUUAAAAAUAAAAGAAAGAAUAUAAUGACAAGUGCUAAAUUCAUAAGUAUUAUUUAGUGCUACACAACACAUGGGGGCAUACAGUACAUUGAGAGAAAAUAAAGGGUAGAAAGAAAUAGUCCACAAGAUCAAGUGCAGAUUAAAAUCCAUAAGGCUGACUGUAUCUUUAGAAAAGAGGGCUAAUAUAAUAUUAUAAUUGAUAUGCCAUUGUAAACGAUGUAGAAAAAUGGAAAAAGGAAGGAAGGAUAAGGGAAUAAAAGAUGGAUUUGGUCAACAUGGUAUUAGAAAAAGUCAGGAUUUGGUUGUAAUGCGUAAGAUUUUGUAAGAGACUUAUGUUUGGUGGAUAGUGACUUAAUGUUCAGAGACUAGUACAGGGUUUGGAAACAUUUUUUUUUUUACAAAAGCACAUCACUUGUGCUUCCACCAUUUCUAUAUGACGUACUUUAGUUACAUGUUGGGAACAAGGAACAUAGGAAGGAAGAGGUCUAUAAAGAGAGAAGGGAAAGAUGUGGUAGGAGAGUUAAACAUGAAUGAUGAGAUAAAGCAGUCAUUCUUUGCAGAACAGCAGUAGGUGCUGUGUUAACAACUUUUAUACAGCAUCAUCCAGAUUCUUGCAUUUACAGACUGCACUUUUCUAGAGUCACUCCUUGAAGCUCCAUUGUGUUUAUUAGUAAUGCACCUCUUAAUAUAAUUUUUUUUUAAACCAUACCAUGGGCGGGGCUUGAACUUGCAGUUAGAGAGUCAUAAAACUCCAGACCAAUGUGUUAGCCACUGGGCCAGCUGGCAACAGUCAGAUUCAUCCAACUAGGUAUAUUUAUACACCAUAAGAAGGUUAGCAUAAGCACAACUGUGAUGACAAAUGCAAGUUUUUACAGAUGAAUCCCCUGCCAGCAUGGCCGUGAUGAACUCUAGCUCAAGUCCCCUCAGAGCUGUCAUCAUGACUCGUGAAAUUGUAAUGACACAAUUUCGUGAGUCAUGAGGGGGCUUGAUCCUCCAUCUGUCGAGUGCGAGACAGACAUGCUUCCUAUUUGUGCUCACUUAUAUCUGAUCAUAAAAUGAGGGUUGGUUGGCCUUCCUAAACUUCUCAUACUGUUAGUGUACAUUAUUUCCUAACUUUUAGUAUAUAGAGUGGAAAGAGAGGGGGAAGGGGGAGGUCAGUAUUUCACCAUUCUCUCUUGGAAAAUGACAGCACACUAUGGGUCAUCUUUGUACGAGGGUGGUUAUAGAUACACGUUGGUCCAGUGAUUGUAAGGAAUGAUCUUCAUCUGCUUGAUGAAUACCAAAUUAGCUUUCAAGGAGGAAGCUCAACACUGCUCUUGGAGGCAUUCAAAAUUGCACACGGUUACAGUCAGUCUUGACAUUAAAUUCAGUUAGCAAAGCUUGUUCAUGGAUAAGAACACACAUGCAUCCUAACACACCAAGGUAGCUCCUUUGUAGGGUUAAAACAGUUGUCUUUUAAGAAGUGUUUCAUAGCAAAACUUUCCCUUUAAGAGAAUUACUUAAAUAAUAGUUAUUUUCCUAUAAAUUUGUGAGUCUAUACAUUAUAUAUCAUCACUAAUGUAGAGAUUUAUGAAUUGUUAAAUUGAGAAAAAUGUAUUUAUUUUACCAUUACGUUAUGUAGUAUUUAUAUAAUAUUUUCAUUAUAUAAUUUUUUAUAAACCCUUUUAAGAAAUUUUAAAAAAUGUUGAUAUUGUAGUUGCCAGAGAUCUCGGAGUCCUUGGUGUUCAGAUACUACAUUCAAAAUAUCUUAACUUCAGUAACAAUCUGAAUUUCUAGUUCUUAUUAUGAAAAGUAGAAAUACAAGUAACUGUGUAAUAAUUACCAUAUGAAAUACAGUGGAACCUCGGUUUUCGUAUGCCCUAGUUUGUAUAUAAAACUAUAGUUAUUCUCUAUAAAAUGUAUUUUUUGUUAAUAUUUCCCAUAAAAAAUAAUGUAAAUCAAAUUAAUCUGUUCCAGGCACCCAAAAAUAUUAACAAAAAAGUACAUUUUAUAGAGAAUAACUAUAGUUUUACAUAUAGUUUUGCAUACGAAAACCGAGGUUCCACCGUAUUCAUCAUGCAAGUUCAGUGCAAUACAUUAUCAUAAAAAUAUUAUUUAACCCUUUCAGGGUCCAGAGGCCAAAUUUCAAAGUGUGCACCAGUGUCCAAGAAUUUUCAAAAAACAAUUUUAUUAUUUUUUCUUAAGAAAUGUUAGAGAAUCUUUUUCUGAGGGUAAUAAAACAAAAAGUAUGAAAUUUGAUGGAAAAUUGACGAAAUUAUGCUCUCGCGAAUUUGGGUGUCUCAGCGAUAUUUACGCAUCGGCAACUUUGACUCCCAUUAUAGGCCAAUUAUAUUACUCCAGUCGACCAAAUUCUUAGCUAUUUCACUAGUAUUACUUCUAUUCUAUCGAUUGAGAACAAGAAUUCACCAAGUCAACUGUUUCAACUACAAAAUAAAGUGAUCGGAAAUUGGUAAUAUGGCCAAUUUAAUGCAAAGUUCAGAAUACAGUGGUCCCUCGUUUUUCGUAAUUAAUCCGUUCCUGGAGCCGUUACUAUAAACGAAAUUUACGAUUUGCGAAUCAAUUUGCGAAUCAAUGUUCCUGACAUCCAGAAGUAUUAAAACAAAAAAAAUUUUUACAUGAAAUAUACAUAUAGUACAUAAUACAAUGGGAAAUGAUGAAUGAGACAUUAACAGCAUAACACUUACCUUUAUUGGAGAUUCUUCUUAGUGUAUGGGAGACUGGAAGAGGAGAGAGAUUGGAUUGUUUACAGUUUGGAAGGGGAAUCCCCUUCCAGCAACACCUCAGGUACCAAUUGCUUCUCUGGGGUUGCUUCUCUGUUUCUUAAUGUCACUAGGACCACCUUGAGAGUCACUCUAGUCCUGUCUCGCAAAGUAACUGUGGAGAGAGCUCUGUUUCUGGAGUCUCUUUAACACUUCCCGAAAAUGGCCCAAGAUUUUGUCACUGUACAUAUUUCUCACCUUCUUUACCACAGGCUUGGCACUAGGAGCUUUCUUUGGAGCCAUGGUAGCUUAUUUAGUAAUUGCAAGCACUAAAAUGAGUGGAAUAUUAUGAAAUAUUUCAUAGGAGCACUUGAGGGGACCUUCACUCACUGGUAAACAAUGCCAGACUGGCUGGGUAGGGAGGCCGCCCCGCCUCACACCGUGCGUACGCGUCCCGGACGAACUACUAUUUGCGAGUCAACCUAUGAAAAGCGAGUCCACGUUUAUACAAAAAUACCCCUAUGAUUGGCGAAAUUUACGAUUGCCGAGAACUACGAAAAGCGAGGGACCACUGUACUCUAAUUUCAAAAUAGGGUCCAGAAUAAACAAUGCAGGCAUUCCUGGCACUAAACUAACAUUUCCUCUGUUCAUUAGUUACAUUUUCAGGCUUUGCUAAUGAAUUCCAUUUUGAUUUUUUAUUCACAUAAUGAAUUUUUAUUCAAACCAAUCAGUAGAAGAUUUACUGUUAUGCAAUAUUGUAAUACUUGUAUAAAUAAUAUCACCACAUUUGUGAACGUAUAUUAGACCCACCAGCAGUAUUAGAUGUGUGAGGUCAUUUGUUUACUCUUGAACAUUGGCAAAAAUUUAACAUUUCUGCUACUUUGAGCUCAGUUUCAAGCCAUUUCCAUUAUUAAAACCAAUCAAAAUCAUCUCUAUUUCUGCAAUGUCUUCCAUUCUAUCAAAUGAGACCAAGAAAUCCCAAAUACAACUAUAAAAAACACAAAAAAAAACACUGCAAAGUCACUGUUUUAAUCGAAAAUUACGGUCUUGGUUUUUUUUCUCUCAUGCACUAUGUGCUUCAGGAUUUGUUUUAUGUGGUGCACACAUACCACAUAGUUGUAUUCCCUCAUAUCUAGGCCAAACUUUAUCGCUCACAGCUUAUCAGAGGGAGCUAAGCUCAUGACGUAGAUCUACGGUUUGGACCCUCAACGUAAAGUCGUAGAUCUAUGGCACGGACCCUCAAAGGGUUAAGUAUCAAGCCAUUUUUCAACCAGUGGUAUGAUAAUGUAUUUUGAAUGUAAUACUAUUAAGAAAUUAGCUGAAAAAUAUUUUCAACUUUUCAAAUGAAUAAUAGGUACUGAGUAUUUUAACUUUCUUGUACUGCAUUGUCUAAAUAUGGAAUAUAAUUAAGUGACAUGCAGAAAAAUAGACAUUUUAUCAUUGUGUUGCACUUAGUAUGUUAUUUUUUAAAAAGAAAUAAUCACUUUUAUUUGAAUUGCUGUGUACAUUUUGGUAUAAAGAAUUGCUGAUUAAAUUAGUUAUUUUAAUAAAACACGUAAUAUACAGCCUCUGCUCACUUAGCGAUGUACAUACUCAUUUACCGACACCUCAGACUUAUGACGGGCUCUCUGACCAGUAUGCAUACCUAAGUAAUGUAUAUUAGAGCUGAUUUACUCUAUUCUGUUUAUUACAAAAUACAGUACACUACUGUAUAAACAUUUUAAAAAUAUACCAGAAAUGUUAUAAAUGGUGCAAAGGUGACAUUAAAACAAUAUCAAAGAUAGUUGACACAAACCCACUACCAUUAGUAUGCUCCUCACUUAGCAACAAAUUUGUUUACCGACGUGGUCUUAGGAAUGGAACGCUGUCGUUACGUGUGGAGAGGCUGUACUCUUACAUAUGGUAUAAUGACAAAUUUUUAUUAUGGCACAGCAGAGUAGCAUGUGAAGAAUGCUUAAACUAGGGUACCAUUGAAAAUUGACAAAGGUGUUUCAUUUAUAAAUGGUAUGUCAGAAUGAAGUGAAACUAACUUUAGAAUUACAAUUAAAGGCAAUAAAUGAGUUUGCAUUAAUGUGCAAUCCAAUUUCUGUUUACAAACAUAAAGCUUUUGCUUGUUAUGGUCUGUUGUCUAUACAUGUACUCUGAUUAAUGUAUGUCAGAGUUUGCAUAUGUAAUCAAUUCACUUGCAUGGACAUUUUUGUUUUGAGGUAAUAGGAAUGGUGUACUAGAUUCUGGUGUAGUGUCUUCCUGUGUAAAAAGUAUUUGUGCAUUUGCAAAAGUGUAUUUCCCACCUUCACUUUCCCAACUGUCACAUGAAACUGUCAGGUUAUUCAAAAAGGAUAUUUUUUGUUAUUCUAGCCUACAGUUAGUGCUGCUAAUUAACUCCAUCCUCCACUGACUAAUUGCUGUAACUUCUUACAUGGUUACCUCAGAGGAAAUAAGGUAAUGACAUACCACAUUGCAGUAUAUACAUUUAUCAGUAAACAGUCAUUCUAGGCAAUAGUGGUAUGCGUCUAUAAUUGAACAAGUGCAUUUUAGAUGCACUUUAAUUUUUUAAAUUCAAUUCUAUUAUAAAUAAAUGUAUGUACAGUAAAACUUCUCAUUAACAGACUAAUAGGGGAAAGAGGAAUGCACCAUAAUGCCAGUUGUCUGUAACUCCCACACACUAAGAACAUAGGUAUUGUAAGCUGUAGUACUGCAAUACAGUACCACACUGUAUAGUAAUUUUAUAGUACUCUGUAAUUUACAGUAAUUUUACUUACCUUUUUUUUGUGGUGGAGAGACAAUAAUGGUCUCAGAAUAACUUUUAUUCUGAAUCAGAGGACCUGUAAAGCUCUAUUAGUGAAAAUAAUGUAGAUGGCUGAGAAGAUGUAGAGGGGUUAGAAGACAUAGAUUGCUAGGAAGACGUAGAUUUCUGAGAACUACACAUUUUCUUGUGGCGCCACCACUUGCUUUACAGGCCAUAGUUAACUGCAUGUAAUUUGGUAGUAAGUCACACAAAAUGCUCUAAAUCCAAGGAAAAUUAGAGAUUGAAUGAUGAGUGUAUGUAUGAGUGAGCACAAACAAUAAAUUGGAGUGAGUAAUAUACAACCCAGGGAACAAUGAAAAUAAGCAGGUCCUUGACAUAGCCACUUUGGCCUGUACCAGGCAAACAUCAGAGUUUGCAGACUUGUCUCGUUACUGGCACUGUGGACAAAAUGGGUAAUUACAGACUUUUGUCCAUCUUGUCCAAUAAUUAGAGCAUUUGUCUGGCUGAUUUUUGUCCAAAAUUGCCAAAAUCCAUCAAUGAGAGGUUUUACUGUACUUGUACUGUACCUUAAAUAUAGGAUUGAUGUACAGCUUAACCCAAUGCUUUUCAUAAUAUUUUGAAUGAUUUGCAAGUCAAUUAGGUUAAAUACAGUCUGGUCUGGCUAGUAACUUAAUGGGUGAUUUCAUAGAUACCACCUCAUUCCUGGCUUUGAAGACCUUGGGGACUUCCUGUGUCUAACAGAGGUAUACCAGACCAUUUAAAUUUAAGGCAUUAAUCAUGGGUUUUACUGCAAUAUUUGUAUAAUUAAGCUGAGAAUACUAGUAAUAAAUAAUAAUUGGAUUUUAUUUAGAAGUUCAUUUUAUUACAAAUGUUUUUCAUAGUAAAUUGAAGUCAUUAUUAUUAUUUAAGAUUUAGAUUUGGAUAUUACAGUACUAUAAAAAUUAUAACUAUUUUUUUAAUUUGAUUAAUAUUUUGCUUGAAAAUGUCUACUUUAUUCUGUGAAAUAUAGGAAAAAUAUGAGCCUAGGGAAUGAAUGGAUUUGUCAGUUAAAAACAGAGUAGGGGAGUUAGUAGAUGGGGAGCUUGAGGUAUUGGGUAGAUGGCGGGAAUAUUUUGAAGAACUUUUAAAUGUUGAUGAAGAAAGGGAGGCGGUAAUUUCAUGCACUGGCCAGGGAGGUAUAACAUCUUUUAGGAGUGAAGAAGAGCAGGAUAUGAGUGGGGGGGAGGUGCAUGAGGCAUUAUGUAGAAUGAAAAAGGGGUAAAGCAGCUGGAACUGACAGGAUCAUGACAAAAAUGUUAAAAGCAGGGGGAUGGGGGGGAUAAAGUGUUGGAGUGGCUGGUAUUUUUGUUUAAUGUAUGAAAGAGGGGAAGGUACCUAGGGAUUGGCAUGAGCAUGUAUAGUUCCUUUAUAUAAAGGGAAGGGGGACAAAAGAGAUAAUAAAAAUUAUAGGGGAAUAAGUUUACUGAGUAUACCAGGAAAAGUGUGCAGUAGGGUUAUUAUUGAAAAUUAGAGGUAAGACAAAGUAGGAUUGUGGAUAAGUAAGGAGGCUUUAGAAUGAGUAGGGGAUGUGUAGAUCAAGUGUUUAGAUAAAGGUAAGGAAGUUUUCAUUGCAUUUAUGGAUUUAGAAAAGGCAUAUGACAGAGUGGAUGGGGGAGCAAUGUGGCAGAUGUUGCAAGUAUAUGGAAUAGGUAGUAAGUUACUAAAUGCUGUAAAGAGAUUUUAUGAGGAUAGUGAGGCUUAGGUUAGGGUGUUUAGAAGAGAGGGAGAAUACUUCCUGGUAAAAGUAGGUCUUAGACAGGGAUGUGUAAUGUCACCAUGGUUGUUUAAUAUAUUUAAAGAUGGGGUUGUAAAAGAAGUAAAUGCUAGGGUGUUGGGGAGAGGGGUGGGAUUAAAUUAUGGGGAAUCAAAUACAAAAUGGGAGUUGACACAGUUACUUUUUGCUGAUGAUACUGUGCUUGUGGGAGAUUCUAAAGGAAAGUUGCAAAGGUUAGUGGACGAGUUUGGGAGGGUGUGUAAAGGUUGAAAGUGAACAUAGAUAAGAGUAAGGUGAUGAAGGUAUCAAAUGAUGUAGAUAAAGAAAAAUUGGAUAUCACAUUUUUAGAGAGGGAGUAUGGAAGAAGUGAAUGUUUUCAGGUACGUAUUUGGGAGUUGACAUGUCAACAGAUGGGUUUAUGAAGAAUGAGGUUAACCAUAGAAUUGAUGAAGGAAAAAAGGUGAGUGGUGCAUUGAGGUAUCUGUGGAGACAAAAAAUGUUAUCUAUGGAGGCAAAGAAGGGAAUGUAUGAAAGUAUAGUGAUACCAACACUUAUAUGGGUUUGAAGCUUGGGUUGUAAAUGCUGCAGCAAGGAGGUGGUUGGAGGCAGUGGAGAUGUCCUGUCUAAGGGCAAUGUGUGGUGUAAAUAUUAUGCAGAGAAUUUGGAGUGUGGAAAUUAGGAGGUGUGGCGUUAAUAAAAUUAGUCAGAGGGCUGAAGAGGGGUUGUUGAGGUGGUUUGGUCAUUUAGAGAGAAUGGAACGUAGUAGAAUGACAUGGAGAGCGUAUAAAUCUGUAGGGGAAGGAAGGCAGGGUAGGAGUCAUCCUCGGGAAGGUUGGAGGGAGGGGGUAAAGGAGGUUUUGUGGGUAACAGGCUUGGAGUUCCAGCAAGCGUGCAUGAGCAUGUUAGAUAGGAGUGAAUGGAGACGAAUGGUAUUUGGGACCUGACGAGCUGUUGGAGUGUGAGCUGGGUAAUAUUUAGUGAAUGGAUUCAGGAAAACCUGUUAUUUUUAUAUAGCCGGACUUGAGUACUGGAAAUGGGAAGUACAAUGCCUGCACUUUAAAGGAGGGGUUUGGGAUAUUGGCAGUUUGGAGGGAUAUGUUAUAUUUGAGAUUUUUAUCUUUGUAUAUGCUUCUAAACUGUUGUAUCUUGGCGCCUCUGCAAAAACAGUGAUUAUGUAUGAGUGGGGCGAAAGUGUUGAAUGACGAUGAAAGUACGUAUUUUCUUUUUGGGUCACCCUGCCUCGGUGGGAGAUGGCCGACUUGUUGAAAAAAAAAAAAAUAUGACCAUGUACAUAUAUUGCUGUACUUAGAAUUAAGAAAUGCUUUGAGAGUUCAGAGAACAUCAGUCUUCUUCAUUGUUUAUUCAUAAUUUAUACAUUAUAAAGUGUUUAGUGAUGCUUUGAUAAAUAUUUUUAGCUUACAGUAAACUCUUAAAACAGCACUUGAAAAAUAGCAUUUUAAAUGAUGUGCUCAAAGCAUAGUUACUCUUGAGAAUGCUCCUCAUUAUGUUUUGUCUCUAAAGUAGCAUUAAUACAGUAGUCUCUACAAAUUCAUGGGGGUUAACGCUCCUACAGGCCCUGUGAACAUAGAAACUACAAAUAAUGAAAGUAAAGUCUGCAUAAGAGGCUUUGUUUUAGGGUAAUUUUCUUGUUCAGAUUGUUAUUAUUAUUGUAAUGUAGAUGCAAACACAUGCACUAAACCCAUAUGGGUCAUACAGCUUUCUGUUUCUGAGGCCAUAUCUCUAUAAUUUAGUAAAUCUCUCUAAUGUGACCUUACAUAGUUCAAUUUUAUCUAAACUGUUGAAAAAGGCAUGUCCAAAAUUUCAUAACUUGCUAUAAAGUGUGAAAGCAUUGCUACAUAAAAAAUCUUUGUACUAAUGCUAGAAAUGACAUAAUAGUACAGUAAACCCUUGAUAUGACAGAAUAAUAUGGGGUACAUUAAGACUGCAGGUAACAAGUUCAAGAACUGUUACACCUGGCCAUAACUAAAGUCAGCAGACAGAGAGCAACCUGGCAAUAAAGGGUAUGACUGAUGUUAAAAAAAAAAAGUACUAAAAAAAGUGCACUAAAGUACUCUAUACAUGCUAUAGUACUAUAUGAACAAUUAAAAGCAUUGAAAAUGAAGCAGUUAAAAAUAAAAUUUAAUCAAUGGAUUUGCCUAUAAUAUUUAACCCUUUGACUGUCGCGGCCGUAUAUAUACGUUUGCGAGGUACCGUGUUUGACGUAUAUAUACUCAUAAAUUCUAGCGGCUUCAAAUCAGGCAGGAGAAAGCUAGUAGGCCCACAUGUGAGAGAAUGGGUCUGUGUGCACCACAUAAAAAAAAUCCUGGAGCACGCAGUGCAUAAUGAGAAAAAAAAAACUCCGACCGUUUUUUUUAAUUAAAAUGCCGACUUUGUGGUCUAUUUUCGUAUAGUAUUUGUGGUUGUAUUCUCGUUUUCUUGGUCUCAUUUGAUAGAAUGGAAACUAUAUUAUAGAAAUGGAGGUGAUUUUGAUUAAUUUUACUAUAAAAAGAACCUGGAAAUGGAGCACAAAGUACAGGAAAUGUUUGAUUUUUGCCGAUGUUCAAAAGUGAACAAAUGAUGUCAUUGUCCAAUAAAUGUCCAAAUAGCCAUUCUAAUACGCAGUCAUGAAUGGGUUGAUGUAAUUUUUACAAUUAUUACAGUAUUGCAGUAGUCUGCAUAACAGUAAAUCUUCUAUUUUUUGUUUGAAUAAAAUUUCAAAAUAAAAAGCAAGAGUAAUAUCACAGGGACCUGAAGACAUGACUGAUGAACAAAGAAAAUGUUAUUUUAGAGCCAGGAAUGUCUGCAUUGUUCAUUCUGGACCUUAUUUUGAAAUUGUAUUUUUUAAUUUUCGUGAAAUUGGCCAAAUUGCAAAUUUCUGACCUGUUAUUGGGUAGUUGAAAUCGGUAAAUGGGCAGUUUCUUGUACUCAAUCGAUAGAAAAAAUAGAGUUCUGAAGAAAUAGUUAUGAGUUUGGUUGACUGGAAUAACGGAAUUAGCCGAAAAUAGGGCUCAAAGUGGGCGAAAUUGCCGAUUUUUAAAUAUCGCCGAAGUCGCUAACUUCGUGAGAGCGUAAUUCCGUCAGUUUUCCAUCAAAUUUCGUUUUUUUGGUGUCUUUACAAUCGGGAAAAGAUUCUCUAUCAUUUCAUAAGAAAAAAUAAUUUUUUUUUUUUCGAAUAUUUUGCGACACCAGAAGCAACUUCAGGAUUUGGCCCUUCGACAGUCAAAGGGUUAAAAGUCCAUUAUAUCGUGGUCUGUUAUGUCGAGGGCUUACUGUAUCAAUAAUUAAGGGCGGCUCGUGUUUUCAAGGUCAGUGAGACAUUGUUACAAUAGCCUCAAUCCUAAGGGUGCUGAUUUUGAGAGUUUGCUUUAACAUUUAGCUAUAUACGAGUUGCGUUUCAUUCAUGGUUAGAAUGUUACACACCAGCAUCAGAUUUAAAAUGUUCUCAUCAUCAAAUUGUCCAGUAUUAUUCUUUUUCAUUUAUAUUCCUACCAGUUCAGUGUUGAAGUUACCAUUCCAUCCUUGUCACUGUACCUGAAAAACAGUAACUCAACCUCCUGGCUUUUUGUAUGGUAUGUAAGAUUGUAUAGUUCGAAGAGAAUUUUCAAGUUUAAUUUUUAACUUUGUACAACAUAUUAUACAGUGUCAGUGUGAGAAGAUAAUUGUAAGUCAAGGAUUUUAUUAUAGUCUUGAGUAUUAAAUAUACAGGUGAGAAAAAGUGCUCAGUGAAGGACUUUUUUUUUUUUUUUUUUUUCUCCCCUCUGUACUGUUAUACAGUAUUCACAGGAGGCAGUCAGGUUCGACCCAAGGAUAAGGACAACGGAUCCAAUUUAGUACUGUUAUACUUUGACUAACCUAUAUAUUUAUCUUAAAAGAAAAAAAUACUGUAUAUUUUUAUGGUUAGACUCAGAAAAUGCAAACCAUAUAUCUGUGAUUCAGUAAUGUAUUGUAAUUAAUUUUUAAAAAUUAAAGUGUUACUCAGUGCUGUUAUUUUCAUUUCUAAUGAAGAUUUCUGGGCAUUCAGGGUACUGAGCAUUUUUCUCAUCUUUAUUUAUUAAUUUAGAAUCUUACUGCUGUAAGAAAUAUGUUAAGUGUUUUGGCAGCCAGUAGUCUUGUAUUUUGUAAUCUGAAAGCAUUAGAUAAAAGGGCAUUAGUGUUUAAUGAAGGUCUUAACUGAGCUCUGCUAUCAUUGUUUUAAACAUGGCUACCAGUUUUGCUUGUACAGACUUGCAUUAAAUAUGUAAGUACAGUAAUGGCAAUAGGAUGUUCUCCUUUGUAAUUGCUCUUCAUGCCUUGUAUGAAAUUUAGCAAACAAUG